CCCCUGGAUACCAAAUGCGCGUUCCUUCUCGGCUCGCGCGGCCGUCACUGCAACAGCAUACGCCACAAUAACAUUUCGGACCAGAGGCACCGCACUUGCUUACAAUGAAACACAUGUGGAGGCUGGCAGUAGAACUCUAGCCUGUGGUGCCUUCCAUUUAGACCGAGGGAUGGGUAGAUGACGACCGAGAGCAAUGGAGUCGAGGGCCCGUUGAUACCAUGAAUGACAGGUAUCACAAGGCGGCCCGGGAUGGCUACCUGGACCUGCUGAAAGAGGCUACGCGGAAGGACUUGAACGCGCCGGAUGAAGAUGGCAUGACACCGACGUUAUGGGCCGCUUAUCAUGGCAACUUGGAGGCUCUACGACUUAUCGUGGGCAGAGGAGGCAACCCUGAUAAGUGUGACAUAUGGGGGAACACACCUCUCCACCUGGCAGCCGCCAACGGCCACCACAACUGCCUGUCCUUCCUGGUGUCCUUCGGUGCCAACAUGUGGUGCCUGGACAACGACUACCACACGCCCCUGGACAUGGCCGCCACCAAAAGCCACAUGGACUGUGUCCGCUACCUGGACUCGAUUGCCGCCAAGCAGUCGGCCCUUAACCCCAAGCUGGUGGGGAAGCUGAAGGAGCGGGCUUUCCGCGAGGCCGAGAGGAGGAUUAAGGAGUGUGUGAAGCUGCAGCGGAAGCACCACAAACGCAUGGAGCGCAAGUUCCACAAAGAGGCGGCGUCGGAGCAGUCCAUGUCAGACGCCAUGAGCUUCUCCAGCUACACAAGCAGCUCAGUGAGCCGCAAGCUGCACCACCUAAACACCACCACUGUCAGUGUGCCAUACUCUCAGGCUACUCUUCACGCCACAACCCGAGGCAAGACCAAGAUCCAGAAGAGGUUGGAGAAGAGGAAGCAAGGGGACGGGACCUUCAAGAUCUACGAGGACGGCAGGAAGAGUGUGCGCUCCCUCUCGGGCCUCCAGCUGGGCAACGAUGUCAUGUUCCUUAAACAGGGAACCUAUGUCGGCCCUCGGGACCGCGCAGGGCGCCGCGGAAACCUCCGAGACAUAUUCCACGGAGACGCCAACGACGACGCCAUCUCUCGUGCCAUCAGCGAGCCGGACUUGUCUUACCGGCCCAACAUGGAAUACUCUGAGGUCAGCACCGACUCGGGCCACGACUCUCUCUUCAACCGGCCCGGUCUGGGAACCAUGGUGUUCCGACGCAACUAUAUCAGCGGCGGCCUGUUCGGCAUCGGCGGGCGCGACGAGGGGAGCCUCAGCGGAGGAACCGAACGGGCUGGCAGCGCCAACGUGCAGCUGCGCAGCCGGCUGCGGCGUUCGCCCAGCCUGGACGAUGGGGGGGACAGCAUCGGCAGUGCCCGCAGCCUCCAGGAAAGGAACCGCCAGGAUCUUCCCUGGGACGAGGUGGAGCUGGGGCUGGAUGAUGACUGCGAGGCCGUCACCAGCCCGUUGGAGGUGUUCUUGGCUGCGCAGACCAUGGGCGAGUUCCUCACCGUCUUCAGGCGGGAGAAGAUUGACCUGGAGGCGCUGCUGCUGUGCUCGGACCAGGACCUCAAGAGCAUCCACAUCCCCCUGGGGCCCAGGAAGAAAAUCCUGGAUGCCUGCAAGAGACGUCUGGAGACCCUUGAGGACCCCGACUACAUCGAGGACACCCUGCUGUGAAUGGUGACUGACACUUUUGGAUCUGAAGAUGCUGUGUAGAUACUGUAUACCUAUACUACUGGGAUGUUCACCUACAGAGUAAACCUAACCUACAGAGUAAACCUAACCUACAGAGUAAACCUACACUCCAGAGUAAACCUAACCUACAGAGUAAACCUAACCUACAGAGUAAACCUAACCUACAGAGUAAGCCUAACCUACAGAGUAAGCCUAACCUACAGAGUAAGCCUAACCUACAGAGUAAACCUAACCUACAGAGUAAACCUAACCUACAGAGUAAACCUAACCUACAGAGUAAACCUAACCUACAGAGUAAGCCUAACCUACAGAGUAAGCCUAACCUACAGAGUAAGCCUAACCUACAGAGUAAACCUACACUACAGAGUAAACCUACACUACAGAGUAAACCUAACCUACAGAGUAAGCCUAACCUACAGAGUAAACCUACACUACAGAGUAAACCUAACCUCCAGAUUACAUCUGAGUGUGUAGUGUGGGGAUUUUUCACUGGGACAUGUUAGUAUCAUCGCUGCUCUCCCCUACACAUAGUUAUGAAGGUAGGCAUCUAGUUUUUUCUUUGCUUGAUGAUAAUAGUAACAAUCCUGCAUAGAAUUCAUUCCUGUCUGUCUCUGCAAAUAUGGCAUUGCCAUUCUUCUGGAGACCACUAGGUGGACACACUGUACAGGUCAAGCAGAAUGCUCUUCCUACCUUAAAGGUAGGUCAGUGGAGCAUUGUAGCUCAGUCUUGUCAGGGUAAUGUCUCAUAGGGGUUUGUUGUAGUAUAUGCAACAUUCAGAGACUUUACAGCUACAACAUAAAUAGCGGUUUGUUGUAGUGUAUGCAAUAUUCAGAGGCACGCUUGUCUGACUCUGCGAUUAUGUAAGGACAUUCAGAGAAAUGUUGUCAUUUCAUUCCCUGGGUCAGAAAGGAGGACAUUGUUAAUGUAAACAUCUCAGUGAACAAAAGAAGACAAGUAAAAUACAGAAACCUGAGCUUUCUAUGGACUUUAUAAGUGAAGGAGAAGAGCUGAAGAAAUCUGAAAGGUAUUUUGGAUCGUUGCAGCUUCAUUAGAGUGAGUUCUAGAAGUCCACUGCACUGUUGACCAAUUUUAAUGAUCUAAAGGACACUGUUGACCGUUUUAAAUAACUAAUCGACACUGUUGACUGUUUUAAUGCACUAAAAGAUACUGUUGACCUUUUUAAUUAACUGAACCACACUGUUGACUGUUAUAAUGAUCUAAAGGACACUGUUGACCAAUUUUAAUUAACUAAAAGACACUGUUGACCUUUUUAAUGAUCUAAACAACACUGUUGACUGUUUUAAUGAACUAAAAGAUACUGUUGACCGUUUUAAUAAACUAAACAACACUGUUGGCAUUUUUAAUGAUCUAAAGGACACUGUUGACCGUUUUAAUUAACUAAAUAACACAGUUGCCCGUUUUAAUGAUCUAAAGGACACUGUUGACCGUUUUAAUUAACUAAACGCCACUGUUGAACGUUUUAAUUAACUACAGAGGACCUUGCUGCUUCCGUGAAGGACAGAGAGCUAUGGCAUGCCAUCUUUUGGAGCAUUGCACCACCAUACGCAGUCAGCCAAAGACUGCCUGGAUCUGUAUCCACAGAACACCGUGUUGAUGUGCAGCAGUGUUCUUGUAUGCCAUGUGGCACAGUGUACAGAGAGAAGAACAAGGAGGUGUGGCCUGCCCCCCUCCAACACCUCUCUGUCUGACCCCAAUACGUUGUGGGGCAUGUUAGGUACCGUACUACCAUCCCCUGAGACUGUGCUCCUGGUGUCAGUACAUGGGGCAUGUUAGGUACCGUACUACCAUCCCCUGAGACUGUGCUCCUGGUGUAAGUACAUAGGGCAUGUUAGGUACCGUACUACCAUCCCCUGAGACUGUGCUCCUGGUGUCAGUACAUGGGGCAUGUUAGGUACCGUACUACCAUCCCCUGAGACUGUGCUCCUGGUGUCAGUACAUGGGGCAUGUUAGAUACCGUACUACCAUCCCCUGAGACUGUGCUCCUGGUGUCAGUACAUGGGGCAUGUUAGAUACCGUACUACCAUCCCCUGAGACUGUGCUCCUGGUGUCAGUACAUGGGGCAUGUUAGAUACCGUACUACCAUCCCCUGAGACUGUGCUCCUGGUGUCAGUACAUGGGGCAUGUUAGGUACCGUACUACCAUCCCCUGAGACUGUGCUCCUGGUGUCAGUACAUGGGGCAUGUUAGGUACCGUACUACCAUCCCCUGAGACUGUGCUCCUGGUGUCAGUACAUGGGGCAUGUUAGAUACCGUACUACCAUCCCCUGAGACUGUGCUCCUGGUGUCAGUACAUGGGGCAUGUUAGAUACCGUACUACCAUCCCCUGAGACUGUGCUCCUGGUGUCAGUACAUGGGGCAUGUUAGAUACCGUACUACCAUCCCCUGAGACUGUGCUCCUGGUGUCAGUACAUGGGGCAUGUUAGGUACCGUACUACCAUCCCCUGAGACUGUGCUCCUGGUGUCAGUACAUGGGGCAUGUUAGAUACCGUACUACCAUCCCCUGAGACUGUGCUCCUGGUGUCAGUACAUGGGGCAUGUUAGAUACCGUACUACCAUCCCCUGAGACUGUGCUCCUGGUGUCAGUACAUGGGGCAUGUUAGAUACCGUACUACCAUCCCCUGAGAUUGUGCUCCUGGUGUCAGUACAUGGGGCAUGUUAGGUACCGUACUACCAUCCCCUGAGACUGUGCUCCUGGUGUCAGUACAUGGGGCAUGUUAGGUACCGUACUACCAUCCCCUGAGACUGUGCUCCUGGUGUCAGUACAUUUGUUUGGUCAAUUGUUUGUAUUUGUUUAUUAAUCCAUUAGACAUAGGGCCGGGAUUCAAUACAAGACGUGUUUUAGCGCGGUGCACCGUAACAGGUUUCUAAGGUCAUUUACUCUGUAGCCUGCAUACGCAGCUUUUACAAUGACUGCGAUCUCCGCGAACUUCUGGGGAAAUGCCUUUAAACAGCACAUUGUCGGCUGUAUAGUGAGUGCUAUAACGCGCCUUGCGUAGAAUCCCAGCCAAGGUCUCAAAUCCAUAGUUUUGUAUAGAUACUUCCAUUGUUGAUGGAGAUAAUGUAUCACAUGUGUAGGGUGGUUACGAGUCACAGUCAGGCUGCCUCUCCAAUUCGCUACAAUAUUACCAUUAUUUGUGCAUUACCAGCUCUCUGCUACUAAGGCAUUUUUUGUACCUGUUGAUUGGUUUGGCUCGGGUCAUUCAGCUUGCUAUGCAUUUUGUACCAGUACAUUUGUUUACACACAGUAUGCCAGGUCAACCACUUUCAGUUUGGUUCACUGAUAUAGGAGGCCAAUUGCUUUUUUUCAUUGAAAGUUGACGCUAUGUGAGAAUGGUCAACUAAACACGUAUGGAGUGGAUUAUUUCAUGUUUCCAUAGGUAAAACUCACACACAGUUAAAUCCAUUGUCACUGUUAUUUUCCUGCUGAUUUUCUGAUACAGUAUGUAGAUGUCCAGCAUAUAGGUUUACCCCCAUGAGGUAUUGAAUUACAAUGUUGUCAUGUCAUGUUGUUACACUACACUAUGGAAGUUUAGUUACUAAUUGUUUACGUCAAAUUUUGGCUUGAAGGUUUGCUGUAUGGUUACACAUGUUUGUUUGGUAUGAUGCUAUAGUAACUGUCCAGUGAAAAUCUCACUUUUAAAAGUUCAUAUUCUGUUAACUCAUACCCAAAUAAUGUUGUUGACUCAUCCUAUGAGUAUUUGUGGCCAAAGCAUACAUUUGAGAGAAAAAAAACACUUACAACCCCACCUCAAACAAAAAAUGCUUGCUAUUUCCUCGUAGAGGAUGAUGUCAUCCUCCUAAGGAGGAUGAGCUGGCCAAUCAGCGGUCUACUAGCGUUCUAUUUUGAAUGAUGGGUAUAUGGCCACACCGUUUUGUUGUUGGGGUACGGCCACACCAUUCCAACACAGAAAAGCUGCUUUUUAACAUAUUUCAUUAAAACAUUUGGGAAGGGAAAGUAUAUUCACUCAUUAUAUUGUAAUUCAUUAUCGGUCCUAUUUCAUAGAAACCUGGAACACUGGAUAUUACUUUAAUCCAUUUCAUGAAAAUAAACAAGUCUUGAAUUUUAGGCAGGUAAUAUGUUUUGCUUUUUCUCAUGGUUAUGGGGACAUGUGCCUCUUUCUGUACAAUGAUGUCAUUUCUGGAAACUAUUUCUGUCCAUUUAGAUGAAAGGACCCAUUUUGUCUGAAGAGCACCAUAGAGGCUAAAAGUUCUCUAUUGCCUCUAACCAUCAUUGGAGUCUUCAGUCUGCACUGUAUGUCUAUGGUAUGUUCUGUAUGUCUCUGUUCUGAUCACGUGAUGAAGUCUUCCCAAUAAUAUUGUAUGUGUCAUUGGUUUUGGUGGUUGAUAUUAUCAGAUGCACUUGAAACCUAAACAAUGUCCACAUUGAAUGCCUCAUAUUUUUUAAAGACUCAAACAGUGUUUUUAAAUAAACAAAAAUACUAAUA